AUGAUUAAAUUCACCGUUCUUAGAUUGGCGCUCUUCAUGUUGGUUCUGGUUCUUCGUCCAAGUACUGAAGGCCAGGUAGUAGUCCCUGUGGUACCACUCACCCCUUUUAUCCCUCGCCCACUCUGCAAUUACCAAAUGGCCCUUGCUAAUCAAGCUUGUUUAUAUCUCCCAUUCACACAAGUACCUCCUCAAGCACCUCGCGCCCCAUUUGGUCCACCAUCACCUCCAUCAGAUGACGAAAGGCACGAGCACAGACAUGGACAUGGACAUGGACACAGGCAUGAUGAUGAUGAUGAUGAUGAUAAUGAACAUGAGAAAGAGCAUAAGCAUAAUCGUGGACAUGGUCAUAGACAACAUAAUCAUCGUAGGCAUCACCGACAUAGAAACACACCCAUGCAAGAUGAAUGUUGCAAGUGGUUGUCGCAAGUUGAUGAUCAAUGUGUUUGUGAUCUUCUUGUUCGUUUGCCUCCUUUUCUAGCGAGACCUGUUCAUAAGUAUACUGUAAUAGUUGGUGGCUCAUGCAAUAUCACUUACGCAUGUGGAAGUCGAUUCAGGGUCUAA